UUGUAUUAAACUGGCAAAUAAGGGUGUGAUUUUGGUAAAUGCUGAUGUUAAAUGCCAUCUUGCUACAGACCCUACUAAAAAACUUACAAUUUGUAAUAGUUGGAUAAAAGGCAAAGGUUGGACACCUGAAGAUAGAACUGGAGGUUAUCCUUUUAAGUCUAACCAAUUCGUUAUGGAAUGGAUUGCUGAACCUAACAAUACAAUAAGAAUGAACGUUGACGGCAAAUUCUGGAGAACGUUUUCUCGUGAAGAUUUGAGUGAUGUUGAGCAACUGGACUUUUCUUAUGCUAUCAAAAUAAGCUCUGUUAGAUUGUGCCGACAAGAUAUAGAAACAACUACACCUGAGAUACCAACAACCCCAACACCUCCUCCAAAUUGUCCCAAUGAAGUUCUUAUAACUAACGUGUCAAUUGGAAACAUUAAUCUUCUUAAAUAUGGAUUUGGAAUUGGGUUUACUGUAGGCAAGAGUAUUAUUAUUACUGGAACUUUUCUAAAUGGUGGAAGUUGUAUUAAACUGGCAAAUAAGGGUGUGAUUUUGGUAACUGCUGAUGUUAAAUACCAUCUUGCUACAGACCCUACUAAAAAACUUACAAUUUGUAAUAGUUGGAUAAAAGGCAAAGGUUGGACACCUGAAGAUAGAACUGGAGGUUAUCCUUUUAAGUCUAACCAAUUCGUUAUGGAAUGGAUUGCUGAACCUAACAAUACAAUAAGAGUGAGGGGAUUUUAUCAUAAUUUGUCUUUAUUUGAAAAAUUUGAUUAG